GCCCUCAGAGAGAGAGACGAUCGGCUCUCUCCAGCCUCCGGGUCUCAGAAUCGACGGAAGCUCCUCGACGCCGGCCCUACCAACCUCCGCCACCGCCCCCGAAGACAAACAAAUCCACUGAAAACAACAAGAUGAAUAUAAUCGAGUGAAGUCAGCCUCCAAUCUUUCCCUUCCGUUCCCCGUCUUUACCUUUUGGGGAUGGACAUGGCCGGGAGGCGAUCCAACUACUCCCUCCUCAGCCAGUCCCCCGACGACUCUUCGCCACCGCCCACCGACAAGGCCCGCGCCCGCGCCUCCCCCUUCGACUGGUCGAUCGCCCCCGCCGUCGCGCCGCUGCAGCGGCAGUCCAGCGGCAGCAGCUACGGGGAGAGCUCCCUCUCCGGCGGGGACUUCUACGUGCCCGCCACGAUCUCCUCCGCGACCGUAGACGCGGACGCUUUCAGCCGAAUGGCGGCCCGGACGUCUGCCGGAGGGGGCGAGGGCCGGACGACGGACGGAGCCGUGGCGGAGGCGUCGUCGUUGUUGUCGGCCAAGAGCUGGGCGCAGCAGGCCGAGGAGACGUACCAGCUCCAGCUCGCCCUGGCGCUUCGGCUCUGCUCCGAGGCGGCGUGCGCGGACGACCCCAAUUUCUUGGACGCUUUGGAUCAAACAGUGCUUCCGGAUCGCGUCUCUCCCACGUCCAUCUCCCAUCGCUUCUGGGUAAAUGGAUGCCUAUCAUACCAUGACAAAAUUCCGGAUGGCUUUUAUCUGAUUCAGGGAAUGGAUCCAUUUGUAUGGACUCUAUGUACUGAUGUGGAAGAAGAGAAUCGGAUUCCAUCAGUUGAGUCACUGAAAACUGUUCACCCCUGUGAUUCAUCGAUUGAAGUGGCUCUUGUAGAUAGACAAUAUGAUCCCGAUCUAAGGCAGUUACAAAAUGUGGCAGCUGGCCUUUCAUGCAGCUGUGCCACACCGAAAGAUAUGGUGGAUCAGCUAGCAAACCUUGUCUGCUCCCACAUGGGAGGUACAGCUUUUAAUGAAGAGGAUCUUCUUCAUCGCUGGAAAGAGUGCAGUGAAGCUCUCAAGGCUACUUCAGGUUCUGUUGUGCUUCCAAUUGGGAAGCUAUCAGUUGGUCUCUGCAGGCAUCGUGCAUUGCUUUUUAAGAUGUUGGCAGACACAAUUAAUUUGCCAUGUCGAGUUGCCAAAGGCUGCAAAUAUUGCAAAACUGGUGAUGCUUCCUCAUGUUUGGUGCGCUUUGGUCUUGAAAGGGAAUAUUUAGUUGAUUUGAUUAGGAACCCAGGAAAUCUGUGUGAACCUGAUUCUUUGCUGAAUGGACCGUAUUCCAUUUCAAUAUCUUCACCUUUGCGUCCUCCAAAAGCCAAAUCAACCGAGGUAACUGUGAAUUUUAGAACCUUGGCCAAGCAAUAUCUUCUGGACUGUCAAUCACUUAAUCUCUUCUUCAAUGACGCUUCAGCAGGUGCUGUUGUUGCUCAAGGAGAUGUUGUGGACUUAUCUUCCUCUAGGCCUUUGGAUGAGAAGUCUGUAGAGGUGAUAUCUUCACCACUAGAAGCUACUGGAGCUGAACUUUGUGAGCUACCUCUGCCUCACAUUCAAAAGGUUGCUCGGCCAGAGCCAUCAAAAGCUGGACAUAAAGAUGUUCUCCAUAUCAUUCCUCCUGAUCCAAAGGCUGAUAAAAAGGAUUUCAGGCUUAUAAAGGAUUCUAAACAGGGGCAUAAUAGACCUAACAAUGAGAUAAGCCUUGCCAUAGAUGACUUAAAUAUUCCAUGGAGUGAACUGGUCCUGAAGGAGAGGAUAGGAGCAGGUUCUUUUGGAACUGUCCAUCGUGCUGAAUGGCAUGGUUCGGAUGUUGCUGUCAAGAUACUUAUGGAACAAGAUCUCCAUCCUGAGCGCUUAAAAGAGUUCUUAAGAGAGGUUGCUAUAAUGAAAAGCCUAAGGCAUCCUAAUAUAGUUUUGUUCAUGGGUGCUGUUACCGAGCCACGGAACCUAUCUAUUGUCACUGAAUAUUUGUCAAGAGGCAGCUUGUAUCGGCUUUUGCAUAGAAAUGGCGCAAGGGAAGUUCUAGAUGAGAGGCGUAGAUUAAGUAUGGCAUUUGAUGUGGCAAAGGGAAUGAAUUAUCUUCACAAACGCAAUCCUCCUAUCGUUCAUCGAGAUUUGAAGUCUCCAAAUCUUCUCGUUGACAAAAAGUACACAGUGAAAGUCUGUGAUUUUGGUCUUUCAAGACUGAAGGCAAACACAUUUCUCUCAUCUAAGUCUCUUGCAGGAACCCCUGAGUGGAUGGCACCGGAAGUACUUCGAGAUGAACCAUCAAACGAGAAGUCUGAUGUUUACAGCUUUGGCGUGAUUUUGUGGGAGCUUAUGACAUUGCAACAACCAUGGAGUAAUUUAAAUCCUGCUCAGGUGGUUGCUGCGGUUGGUUUUAAAGGAAGAUGGCUUGAGAUUCCAAGUGAUGUAAAUCCACAGGUGGCUGCUAUAAUUGAGUCCUGUUGGGCCAAUGAGCCAUGGAAAAGACCGGCUUUUUCUAGUAUCAUGGACUCCUUGAAAUCUCUGCUCAAGCCUCUGCCACCUCAACCAUUACAUACUGAUAUGCCGAAUGCCCAAUAGGAGGCUAGUUGCAUAUUUUUUGAAACGGCUGGUGUACUUUUUGUGAUCCUACAUGUACAUAAGUCUGCUCCAAUUGUAUCAAUUACAGGUGAUCGUGCAUUUGCAUUCAACAAAAUUUGAAUUAGCGUCUUUACUCUUUAGUUUAAAGUUAAAAUCUAUUUCAUGUUUUACAACAGAUAUAA